AUUGCACAAAAAUAAAAUGAAGGCAAUGAAAUAAAGAGAGAGAGAGAGAGAGAGAGAGGGUUGGGGUGGUCCGGUGGUGUGAUCAUCGACAUCAGGGAUUCCGUCCAUUGUAAUGCUGGAACCAAACCCUAAUUCAAAAAGGAUUUUGGGUCACAUAUCUGUCUCCCAUUCUCUCUUCUCGGACCUCCUCAGUUUUUUCUCGUCUGGUUCUUCAACGUCUCUAUCAAAGCCUCCUAAAACUCACGACAUUGUCAGGUCUCUUGGAUGUUGAAUUCUUACCCUCUUAGGUUCGUUCAAUUUCUUGCAUUUUCUUGAUACGUGAUAAAAUUUUCUUUUUCUUGGCCAUCUCUGUUUCUUGGUACAUUCUUGAAAAUGGGAUUAUAUAGUAAUCUCUUGAUGUCGAGAGGUUUCUGACAGCUAAAACCAUGGAGGGUCGUGAGGGAAUUAUCCACAUUGCUAUAUUUUUCUGCCUCUUGAAUUUGGCCUUCAGUAAAACAGACCCUAACGAUGCGAAAGUCCUGAGUGAUUUCAGAGAAGGGUUGAAAAACCCAGACCUCUUGAAAUGGCCAGACAACGGAAAUGACCCUUGUGGCCCUCCCUCAUGGCCUCAUGUAUACUGCUCUAACGGCAGGGUCACUCAGAUUCAGGUGGCCAACUUGGGUCUGAAAGGUACCCUCCCUCAAGACUUCAACCAGCUCACAAAGCUCUACAAUUUGGGCCUUCAAAAGAACCAUUUUAGUGGGAAAUUGCCCACUUUCAGUGGGUUGUCUGAACUUCAGUUUGCUUACUUGGAUUUCAAUGAAUUUGACACCAUCCCUUCGGAUUUCUUCCACGGGCUUAGCAGUGUCCGUGUCCUUGCUUUGGAUGAUAAUCCAUUUAAUGCCACUAUUGGUUGGUCUAUACCUAAUGAGCUAGAGGAUUCAUCUCAGUUAACAAAUUUUUCAUGCUCGAGUUGUAACAUAGCCGGACCUAUACCAGAUUUUUUCGGGAGACUUCCAUCUCUCAAUUCGUUGAGACUUUCGUAUAACAGAUUAACCGGUGAAAUACCCGCGAGUUUCCAUGACUCAAUGAUGCAGGUUUUGUGGUUAAACGAUCAAGACGGUGGCGGAUUGAGUGGUUCAAUCGAUGUAAUUGGCUCAAUGCUAUCUCUUACUCAAGCAUGGCUUCAUGGAAACCAGUUCACAGGAUCAAUUCCGGAUGACAUUGGCGCACUUACUUCAUUAAGAGAACUCAACCUUAAUAGAAACCAACUUGUUGGUAUGAUUCCACCGAGUUUAGCUACUAUGGACUUGCAUUUAUUGGAUUUGAACAAUAACAUGCUGAUGGGUUCCAUCCCCAAGUUUAGAGCUGUAAAUGUUACUUUAUCUUCGAAUUCGUUUUGCCAACUUACACCAGGGGUGCCAUGUGCUCCUGAAGUUAACGCGCUUUUGGAUUUCCUUCGUGCUUUGAAUUACCCAUCAGAUCUUGCUUCUGAAUGGACGGGUAACAACCCGUGUGAAGGACCAUGGUUGGGAGUGAGUUGCAAUUCGAAAGGUGAGGUUACUAUUAUAAAUUUGCAGAAGCGAAUGCUUAAUGGUACUCUCAGUCCUUCACUUGCAAACCUAGACUCGCUUAUGGAAAUUCAUCUUGGGGGAAACAAUAUUGGAGGGCAAAUCCCCACAAAUUUUACUCAGUUGAAAGGCCUGAGAUUGUUGGAUAUAAGUGGGAAUAAUUUCCAGCCUCCAUUUCCCAAUUUCAGCGACACAGUUAAGGUCAUUAAUACAGAUGGCAAUCCACUAUUGGUCGCUAACGGGACAAAAGCCUCUCCCCCACUAGUUAGCACCCCAUCAGCUCCUUCACCAACUGUUGGACAAUCCCCUCCCUCGCUAUCACCGUCAAAUAGCUCAUCAUCUGGAGAUUCUCAAUCACCGUCUCCCUCAUCUGGAAACUCAAAAUCUCAUUCUCCUAGUUCUUCUGAAGAUGAAAUGGUAAAAACAGGAUAUCAUAAGAGAUCAAACGUGGUUGUCAUUUUGAGUGCAGCCACGGGCACUGCGAUUAUGGUUCUUCUGUUGUUUCUUUUCUUUCUGUACCAGAAGAAAAACAAAGGCAAAGUAGCAGCUCCUGGUGCCAUUGUUGUCCACCCAAGAUCCCCUUCUGAUUCAGAUAACUUGGUUAAGAUUGCAGUCUCUGACAACACCCAAAGAAGCGUAGAAUCCAAAAGCAGUAAUUGUAAUGGGUUUGAAAAUACUCAUGUGAUCGAGUCUGGAAACUUGGUCAUUUCAGUUCAGGUUCUGAGAAAGGUUACUAAUAAUUUUGCACCAGAAAAUGAGCUUGGGCGUGGCGGUUUUGGUGUCGUUUACAAGGGUGAGCUGGAAGAUGGGACCCAGAUAGCAGUUAAGAGAAUGGAAGGUGGGGUCAUUAGUAGCAAAGCGUUGGACGAAUUUCAGUCUGAAAUUGUUGUUCUUUCAAAGGUCAGACACCGCCAUCUGGUGUCUCUUUUGGGUUACUCCAUUCAAGGCAAUGAGAGACUUUUGGUUUACGAGUAUGUGACACAGGGGGCUCUAAGCAGGCAUCUUUUCCAUUGGGAAAGCCUGAACUUGGAACCUCUUUCUUGGACUAAGAGGCUUAAUAUUGCCUUGGAUGUUGCUAGAGGGAUGGAGUAUCUUCACAAUCUUGCACAGGAAAGCUUCAUUCAUCGAGAUCUCAAAUCUUCAAAUAUUCUUCUGAGCGAUGACUUUAGGGCAAAAGUUUCUGAUUUCGGGUUGGUGAAACUUGCUCCUGAUAGAGAGAAGUCUGUCGCAACCAGGCUUGCUGGAACAUUUGGUUACCUUGCACCUGAAUAUGCUGUGACUGGAAAAAUUACAACUAAAGCCGAUGUCUUCAGUUAUGGAGUGGUGCUAAUGGAACUUUUGACUGGACUGGUGGCACUUGAUGAGGAUCGGUCUGAAGAGAGUCGGUACUUGGCUGAGUGGUUCUGGAAAAUAAACUCAAACAAGGAAAGGCUAAUUUCUGUUAUUGACCCGACUCUUGAUGCCAAAGAGGAGAUUUCCGAUAGCAUAUUCAUCAUUGCUGAGCUGGCUGGACACUGUACUGCUAGAGAACCAAACCACAGGCCUGAUAUGGGGCAUGCAGUUAAUGUGCUGGCCCCACUGGUUGAGAAGUGGAGACCGUUUGACAGAGAAACAGAGGAAUAUUCCGAAAUUGUUGAUUACGCUCAGCCUCUACCUGAAUUGUUGAAAGUGUGGCAAGAAGCUGAAACGAAAGAUUUCACAGGAACUAGUCUUGAGGAUAGUAAGGGAAGUAUUCCAGCAUUGCCAGCUGCAUUUGAAGGGUUAUUCACAUCUGCUGAAGCUCGAUGACUGAAGUUAGUAUUGCACGAUCACACCUUUUCCCACUUGAAAAAAAUUGCUCAUAUUUAAAGGAAAGGUAAUAUUGGUUUGCACUUUGUGGAUAAAACAUGGAGCAUUUUGUCUAGCUAAUAGAUUUUCCUGUGUGAGAACGAUAUGCAUCUGCUUUGAGAUGUCAAAUUAUUCAGAUAUGGACCAUAUGGUGAUGUAGAUAUAUUAGGCAAAAGGGAAUUGUUGUUGCCACUUUUUACUUUGUUACUUCUUGAUGAAUGCUUGUCGCUUCUUUUCCGUUCA